GACUUUAUUCUGGUGAUGCUUUUAUGCUCGUGGUUGGUCGUUCCGAGACCAAGAUCCCCUUGGCAGGUCAUAGAGUACUUUUCCGGAAAGGGUCGGGUGUCCGCUUUGGCUGCAAAGACAGGCUUUGCAGUCGCUUCUUUCGAUAUAGACCGUGGCCACAUUCCCAAACCGAAGAGGAAGAACCAAAAGAAAUACAAGUUUGCAAAGAGAAAUACCAUGGACAUUAACGGCGAAGUUGGAAUGGCGUCACUUCACCUUUGUUUUCAACAUUUUUUUGUUGGUACCUAUUGGGGCCACCAAGCAAUCUGCACCACCGAUCGAUCUUCGUGA